AUGGCUUCCAAUAUCCAAGACUCCUGGCUAUCCCGCCAUUACAUUGACUAUGUCUACAUCCCCGGCGUGCUUCUUGUCGUUGGCACCGUCAUUGUGAAGAGAGACUGGGCUUGGCACUCGGUGGUCCUGGCGAUCCUCCUUGGCGCCUACAAUUUCUGGAACUUCCAGAUCAAGAAGGUUUUGAAGCCCGACGUUUUCCAAGAAUUCGAGCUCCAAGAGAAAACCGUCAUCUCGCACAAUGUCGCCAUCUACCGGUUCAAGCUCCCGUCUUCCAAGUCGAUCCUUGGUCUUCCCAUCGGUCAACACAUCUCAAUCGGUGCUCCCCUCAAGCAACCUGAUGGCACCACCAAGGAGAUUGUCCGAUCGUAUACUCCCAUUUCCGGUGACCACCAACCUGGCCAUUUCGACCUCCUGAUCAAGUCCUACCCUCAAGGUAACAUCUCCAAGCAUAUGGCUUCCUUGGUGACUGGCCAAACCAUUCGAGUCCGCGGCCCCAAGGGUGCUUUUGUGUACACCCCCAACAUGAUCCGUCACUUCGGCAUGAUUGCUGGUGGCACCGGAAUCACCCCUAUGCUUCAAAUCAUUCGUGCUAUUGUCCGCGGACGCGCGUCUGGUGAUACGACCGAGGUUGACCUCAUCUUCGCCAAUGUCUCUCCCCAGGAUAUCCUCCUGAAGGAGGACCUGGAUGCCCUGACAAAGGAGGACAGCGGUAUCCGCGUGCACUACGUCUUGGAUAACCCUCCCGAGGGUUGGUCUGGCGGAGUUGGCUACGUCACUGGCGACAUGAUUACCAAAUGGCUGCCUAAACCCGCGGAUGAUGUCAAGAUCCUGCUCUGCGGGCCUCCUCCCAUGGUCAGUGGCCUGAAGAAGACCACCGAAAGCCUCGGAUACAAAAAGGCUCGACCCGUCAGCAAGCUCGAGGACCAGGUAUUCGCCUUCUAG